AUGAUUUAAUCAAAUAUUAAAAAAAAUUAUUAAGAUUAGAAUUAGAAAGUAAUCUUAUUCUUUAUUAAUAGAAAAUAACUAAAUAAUUCAAAACUAAAUGGAGUUUGAUUAAAAAAUUAUUGAUAUAAAUAAUAAGUUGGAAGGGAAGGAAAUAGAAUAUUAAAAUAUAAAAAAAUAAUUUGAUCAACUAAAUUAAGAUAAUAUUAGUUUAAAAAAAUAAUUUGAAUAAGAUAAAGUAAAUUUAAUAAAGAAAUAAAAAGAUUCAUGUAUUAAUAUUUAUGUUAUUAAACAGAAAACUAAUUAGAAUAAUCAUUAAAUCAGAAAAUUAUCUAAAAGGAUUCAGAGUUACAAACUCUAGAAAACAUUAUUGUAUGUGUGAGAAAGUGAUUCCAAAAAUAGGCUAAACACGGUUUGAAUUUGAAAUUCAUAGAAUUAGUGGAUGGUGUGAAGUUGGAAUUGGAUUUAGAGAAAUGAUUAAAUAAAAUGGGUAUAGAGAGGAAGGUUAAGGUAAAGGGUAUUAAAUCAGAUUGAUUAUAAUUUAGAUCAUAUUUAUUAAGAGAAUAGGGUUCUACAUAUUUUCAUCAGUCAAAUAAUACUUAAGGGUAAGCAUUUAAAUUCUAAGUUAAUGAUAUAGUGAUAAUGGAAGUGAGUAUAGAACAAAAAUAAUAAAUGGUCUAAAUUUAGUUCACAAGAUUAUUUAGUAAAUAUGAUUAUACAUUUGAUCACGCAAAUUGA